AUGUUAAAGUUCUACUUUCUAAUUUUGUUAUGUAUUUUUUUAAAAUAUCCAUUAAGCAUUUUAAAAGAAUUUUAUUUUGAGAAAAAUAUCUCAAGAGAGAAUGAAUAUAAAAUAAAGAAAGAUGUUAAUAGUUAUAAAUUAAAUUAUCGUCAGUUGGAAGAAGAGGAAAAUGAUUUUUAUAACAUUGGAAAACUAAAAAAUCUAUUAUUUUUUCAAUCAAACUUAGAUAAGACUAUUAAGAAAAAAGAAAUGGAAGCUAAAAAAUUAAGAAAAUUACAAAAAGCUGCUAAAAAAGGAAAUAUUAUUAAUAGCAUAUCUAGUAAUGAAAAAGGAAGAGAAAACUAUGAAGAUGAUAUUAAAUCUUAUAUAAGAAAAGAAGAAGGAAAAAAAGAAAAGAAAGAUGAAUAUAUAAGCAGAGAAAAUGAAGAAAAAGAAAAUAAAAUAUAUAAUGAAAAUAAUAAUAGUAGUAUUAAACAAGAUAAUUCAAAUAUUCAAGAAACUUCUUUAGGAAGAGGACCCAUUCAAUAUGAUAAAAAUGAAAAGACUAAUUUAAAUCCAAUUAAAAAUGAUACAAUUUAUCAGAAAAAAUUAGAUGAAGGUAAUUAUAAUGGUCAAAUUGAUAAAGUCGUAAAAAGGCAUGAACAUUCAAAUUGGUCAGAUUUAACGAAAACAGAAAAUGAUGAUAGUUCUAACAAUAUGAAUUUAAGCAAUAUACUUAAGAAUUUAAACUUUUAUAAAAAUAUAGAAUUAGUAAAAAGUUAUUUUGGAAAUUAUAAUAAAAAAGAGAAUGAAGAGGGUGAAAAGGAUAAAAAGGAGAAUGAAGAUAAUGAACAGAAUAAAAAAGAGAAUGAAGAAGAUGAAAAGAAUAAAAAAGAGAAUGAAGAAAAUGAUAAAACUUCAAUUGAAAGCAAAAAUAAUCAGAGCAUAAACGAAGUAUAUAAAAAGAAAACAGAAAAUGAAGGUCUAAAAAAUGAAAGUGUAAAAAAUGAAGGUCUAAAAAAUGAAAGUGUAAAAAAUGAAAGUGUAAAAAAUGAAAGUGUAAAAAAUGAAAGUGUAAAAAAUGAAAAUAAUCAAAUAGAGACUAUAAAUGAAGAAAGUAAAACAAAAAUAGAUAAUGAAGUAGUAAAACAAGGAAAAGAGCAAAUAAAUAAUAUAAGUGAAAAGAAUAAUAAUGAUAUUAUUAAAGAUAAUGAUGAAAAUGACGAAAUAAAAUUAUUAAUAUCUAAAAGAAACAAAGAAAAUCCAAAAAACAAUAUUCAUGAAUAUGUGUAUAAUAUUAUUGAAAAAAAUGCAUCAAAUAAAAAUUUUAAUUUAAGAAGAAAAGAUAUUAAAGAAUUCUUAGAUGUACAUGAAUUAGUUAAGAAUAUAAAAUUUGUUUUAGGUAUAAAAUCAAAUAUACAUGAGAAAUUUGAACAUGAAAAAUUAAUUUUAAAAGACUGCAAUUAUGAAUCAUUUGGACCAGAUUUUUGCAGUGUUAAUGAUGAAGCAAAGGAAACUUUAUGGGAAUUUGAAAAUAAGAAAAAUUGUGUUUUUUUAUUUAUAAUAUUAUUUACAUUAAUUUUUAGUUUGGUUAUACAAAAUAUAGUUUAUUUUAUUGAAAAAAGCGUUAGAAAUUCAAAAGAUCAAUUUAGAAAAGAUCUACUUAAUACAGCAUUUAGACAAAUAUCAUUAAUAACAAUAAUUAAUUUAACGAUAUGGGGAAUUCUUCAAUCAAAUAUUGCAGAAGCUUUAGAUGAAAUUAUUUUUAAUGAUAUAUUACCAAAAGAAAGAAAUGUUGAUAAAGUUCUUCAUAAUGUGGAACCACUUUUAGAAAUAAUUUUUGAAAAAAUUCUUUUUAUUUCUAUGAAUUUUUUAGUAUGUUAUUCUAUAUUUAUAAUAAACAUACAUUUUGUAACAAGAAGAAUAUUAAAGUGGUUUUCAGAAGCUGAUAAUUGUGAUGUUUCAAGUGUAGUGAAAGAGAUAAAAAAUUCCAAAAGAAGAUGUCUUCCUAAUUUUUUUUUUUUAAAGAAUGUUAGAAAUUCUAAAUAUUUAGCCCAUAGAUAUGAUUUUUCUGAAAAUGUUGAUGCUAUAAGUAUUCCUGGUUUAGAUCCGAAUGGAUAUUAUUAUUAUGAGUAUAUGAGAGCAUGUCUACUAAAAUAUAAUGUCAAAUUAAUAAAAAUUCCAAAUACUGUUAUAUUAUUUUUAAUAUUCAUAUGUAUUUCUUUAAGACCAUUUUUUAAUAUAAGAUUAAAAGCAGAGGUUAUUUUUUUAAACACUUUAUCAUUAAUUUGUAUUACUGGAUUAAUACUUUUAUUUUUUUACUUGUAUAACAUAGACAAAAAACUAUUACCAAAAGACAUUUCAAAAUAUUUACUAAAUCGUUAUCAUAUUGAAUCGUCUGAACAAAGUAAAAAAGAUAUUAUCCCUUAUUAUAAAUUAUCGAAACAAAAAUCAAUAUAUCCUUCUACAUUGAAUUAUUUUUUUUUCAAAACAACAUUUCCAAAUAAGCAUGAACAACUAUUUUAUUUUUGGGGGAAUGGCCCACCUCUUAUUAACUUUAUUUUUCAAACAUUAUGUUUCUGCUUUUUAAUCAUAUUAUCAUGCUGGAUAUUCUUACUAAGGGUAGAUAAUAUAACUUGGUUCCAAUUAUAUAGUUAUGGAAGUAUAGCUAUAUGUGUAUGUAUUUUAGUUUUUUUCUUUAUCCUAAAAUAUAUAAUUUAUUACAAUAUUAUGAUUAGCAAAACUGGAUAUUUAAUAGAUACCAAAUUAUUAGAAAAAGUAUGGGAAUUUGAAAGAUCUGAUAACAUAAAAAGAAUAUCAGAAUUUAUUGAUGCUAUAAAAAUAAAGUCUACUUUACAUGCUUUAAAAGAAGGUGGAGAAGUAUUUUGGAGACAGUUGUUAAUUAAAUCAAAUACAGUACCAUCAAAUAUACAAGAAAAAAUGUUUAGUAUAUGGGUAGGAUUAGAUGAAGAAAAUAGAGGGAUUAUAGAUUCAGCAAAAAUUUUAAAAUUUUUGAAAUCACAAGGAAUUAAUUUAACUUCAGAAAAUGAUAUUAAAGAAUUCUUGGAAGUAUUUGAUAGAAAUAAUAAAAAUGGUUUAAAUCAAGAAGAGUUUUUUGUACUUAUUAUUAUAGUUAAACAGAUUUUAGUUGAACUUUUGGACAUUAAUGCCGUUCAAUCUUUGUUUGAAGAAGUCUAUGGUAUUCCAUGGAAAUCUUUAUCUGCUAUUGAUGUAAAUAGUUUAAAAAAAAUAUUAUCAGAGUUAAAUUUGAAAUGGCCACAUGGAAAAGUUAGAAAUUUGAUUGACUUUGUUUGUGAAAAUAAAAAAACAAAAUAUGUUAGUGCUGAGUAUUUUAUUAAACAAUUGAUAAAUAUUGAGGAAGUAACAUUGCAACCAUUUCAUUCUCCAUCAGACAUGAAAUAA